AAACUAGUAGAAAAAAAGAGGAGGAGGAGGGGAAUCACAUCGGUGACAUUUUCAAGCUCCCGCUCUGAUUGGCUCCUAUACGAGGAAGCUCACGGCUUCUUUCAACUAAUAAGCGCCUCCCCGUCGCUCUAAAGGACAUUAUAAUGCAAGGGACCUCCUUUUUUAACCACAAACUGAAUUUUCGUUCAUUUAGACGAUAUACUUUUUUAAAUUGCCCCAAAGUUACGGGAUUUUUUUCGGAGCGCCUUUCGCCCUGGAGCGAUACGCGAUGCUCUCUCACGCCGACCUCCUGGAUGCUCGGCUCGGUGAGUUAUCAUCACUAAACUCCGGCCCGAAACUCCAGUGGAUGAAGGAUGCUGCGGAGCUCCUCGGGCAUAGAGAAGCUCUCAAGUGCCGACUGGGGGGUGGGGUUCCGGACCAGGGGCAUCCGGGAGACAUGGCCCCUGGUUCAGACUCUGUAGAGGGAACCACUCUCCUGCCGGGGGAAGAUAUCACCACCGUGGGGUCCAACUCUGCUGGCAUGCCGGUAAACGGGAAACAGGAGCAGGAGAAGCAGCAACAGCAGCAGCAGCAGCAGCAGCCACAGCAGAGCUCCGGUCAGUCCGCCAGCCAGCAGAAACAGAAGCGGCACAGGACGCGCUUCACCCCGGCGCAACUCAACGAGCUGGAGCGCAGUUUCGCAAAGACCCAUUACCCCGAUAUCUUUAUGAGGGAGGAGCUGGCGCUAAGGAUCGGCCUCACCGAGUCCAGAGUUCAGGUUUGGUUCCAGAACAGACGCGCUAAGUGGAAGAAAAGAAAGAAGACCACCAACGUGUUCCGCGCCCCAGGGACGCUGCUCCCGACGCCUGGCCUGCCGCAGUUCUCUGCAGCGGCCGCCAUGGAGAACAGCCUGUGCUCGUUUCACGCCAACGACUCGCGCUGGGCCACCGGGAUGCCCGGGGUCUCCCAGUUGCAGCUCCCACCGGCCCUGGGUCGUCAGCCGGGCAUGGCGCAGUCCCUCUCGCAGUGCAGCCUGGGUCCCGGUCCGCCGCCAAACUCAAUGGGCCUCUCUAACGGCCUGUCCUCCAACGGCUCCGGCCUGCAGUCCCACCUCUACCAGACGCCUUUCCCGGGAAUGUCGGCGUCCCUCUCCGGCCCCACGAACGUAUCGGGCUCCCCGCAGCUGUGUAGCUCCCCGGACAGUGAUAUGUGGAGAGGGACAAGCAUCGCGUCACUUAGGCGCAAAGCGCUGGAGCACACAGUGUCAAUGAGUUUCACUUAGUGACUUUUCAGCUCACCUCAUCCUGCUCCUCUCCCGGCUUCUUGUCCCAGAUCCGCCCUGCGCCUUUCUUCUGUUUUUACUCCUGCUACUUAGAAAUGAGAGAACAGGAUGGAGACGAACGAGACAAAUGGACAAGAUCGGGGGGAAAUUGAGUUUGGAGUUCUUUAUCUUAUUUCAAAGGGACUUUAUCAACACUUAACGAUAAAUGCUAUUGUAUGAUCACUAGAAUAUAGGUCUUAAUUAAUGAGAGCCAAACAAUCCUUGUAUUUACGUUUUCACUGAGUGUGUCUCUACGCACACUUUAAUGUAUCCAGGUGAUGUUGUGUUUUGUCAAACAGGUAUAAAUCAGUCGGACCCCACUUCCACGGAGAGCCUUUUGAGCUGCGUCUCAGGCGUCCUCUGCGUGGGGGAAUUUGGCCUUUUGAUGAAGGGAACCCCCCCCCCCCUCCAAAACACACCGACACCAGUGUCGGGAUCAAAUCAAAUUAGCAAAACAUAACGGUGUGAACAAAACGAUGACCUCUCAGCUGGCCUAUACUCUGUUUUAGGAUGUUUUGUGUAGAUAAAACAUUCUUGCUGUACACGCUGGUCUUUUUGUGACAUGUUUUAACUUAUUGUAUGUGCUAUUAUUACUUGACACAUUUCUUAAAUGUUUGAUCUUACAUCGGAUUGCACCAUAUCGACGGGUUUGUACCAGUUUAAAAAUGAACAAAACGAAUAAAAGUACUUUUCAAGAAUGUCGAAA